UUAAAUUUGUUUUUCUCGAUCUCUGACUGUCUGAUCAGUUCACAUUUACACGCCCAAAAUUGAAAGCAAGAUAGCAAUCAGAAAACGCAACCCAACUACUGCAUCACGGGAAGAACAACCGUUCGAAAGAGAGAGAGAGGGUGAAAACGACGUCAUAUCGAACUUUUUUUCUUCUAUUCUUCAAGCAAGCUGCUAAGAGUUGGAGGAGUUUAUUGUUUGAUCCAGAAAAGAAAUGGUGGUUUCUGGGCCAAUCACGCCUGGACAGGUGUCUUUUCUCUUAGGAGUUAUCCCAGUUUUCAUUGCAUGGAUAUACUCAGAGUUCCUAGAAUACAAGAAAUCUGCAUCUCAUUCUAAAGUCCAUUCAGACAAUAAUCUGGUUGAAUUACGAGAGGAGACAGUUAAAGAAGAUGACCGGGCUGUUUUGCUUGAAGGAGGUCUCGCAAGAUCAGCUUCUGCUAAAUUCCAUAGUUCAUCGAUCAAAACAAACUUGAUUAGGUUCUUAACUAUGGAAGACUCUUUCCUGCUGGAAAAUCGAGCAAUUUUGAGAGCAAUGGCUGAGUUUGGGGCUAUCCUAGUGUACUUCUAUAUAUGUGACCGCACAAAUUUACUAGGAGAAUCUACCAAGAAAUACAACCGUGAUCUUUUCCUCUUUCUCUACGCUCUUCUCAUCAUAGUUUCAGCAAUGACUUCUUUGACGAAACAUAAUGACAAAUCAGCAUUCUCUGGAAAAACUAUGCAAUACCUAAGUAGGCAUCAGACUGAAGAAUGGAGAGGAUGGAUGCAGGUCCUAUUUCUAAUGUACCAUUACUUUGCUGCAAUGGAGAUAUAUAAUGCAAUACGUGUCUUUAUCGCUGCAUAUGUUUGGAUGACUGGAUUUGGAAACUUCUCAUUCUAUUAUAUCAGAAAGGACUUUAGCCUAGCACGUUUCGCCCAGAUGAUGUGGCGACUAAACUUCUUUGUAGCAUUUUGCUGUAUUGUUCUCAACAAUGAGUAUAUGCUUUACUACAUAUGCCCAAUGCAUACGCUUUUCACACUAAUGGUGUAUGGAGCUCUUGGGAUUUUCAAUAAGUAUAAUGAGAUACCAUCAGUGAUGGCAGUGAAAAUUCUUGCAUGCUUUCUCAUAGUUAUCUUUCUCUGGGAAAUUCCUGGAGUUUUUGAAAUAUUCUGGAGUCCAUUAACUUUCCUAUUAGGGUACACUGAUCCUGCAAAACCUGAUCUCUCUCGACUACAUGAGUGGCAUUUUAGAUCUGGUCUCGAUCGCUAUAUAUGGAUAAUUGGAAUGAUAUAUGCCUACUAUCAUCCCAAUGUUGAGAAAUGGAUGGAAAAUUUGGAGGAAUGUGAAACAAAGAGAAAAUUCUCAAUCAAAGCAAGCGUUGUUGCAUUUUCUUUAUUUGUUGGCUAUAUGUGGUAUGAAUGUAUUUACAAGCUGGACAAGGUUACUUACAACAAAUACCAUCCCUACACAUCUUGGAUUCCCAUAACUGUCUACAUUUGCUUGCGGAAUUUUACUCAGCAGCUUCGGAGUUACUCUUUGACUCUCUUUGUGUGGCUUGGAAAGAUAACUCUGGAGACUUACAUUUCUCAAUUUCAUAUCUGGUUGAGGUCAGACAUGCCUAACGGACAACCUAAGUGGCUUCUUUCUUUCAUCCCAGAAUAUCCACUGCUCAACUUUAUGCUCGCAACUGGCAUUUAUAUCUUGAUAUCUCAUCGCCUGUUUGAAUUAACAAAUACACUCAAGUCAGUUUUCAUACCCGCCAAAGACAACCGACAGCUGCUAUAUAAUUUCAUUGCUGGAGUAGCUAUUUCACUGUGUUUGUACUGCACCUCCCUCGUUCUUCUUCAGAUUCCUCGUUCAGCUGCCUGAGAAAGCAUGUCUCAGAGGGGUUAGACAGAGCUUUUACAUCGGACAUACGAGAAAACAAACAACUUGGAAGAUGUCUACGCAUCUAGCUUCUGAAUCAAAUGUUUCCAACGAUUUUGAGUGAAAAAUGCCCAUAUUUUUGUCCUUUGAGCUGAAACCACAAAUCUUGGCUUUGCCUUGGAGUAUGAUUGGGGGGCAGACAACUGACAUGAAGGAAAUCUUCUUUCGUUCUUUCCUUUUUCUUUUCUCUUACGAUUUGUUGUAAUAUUAGUAACUGCCAUAUACUGUUUCCGUCGUCAUUUUUUCGAUUAUUCAUUGAAGAAAAUGUAGAUUCAUGUGACAUAAGUAUGUGUUAUCCCGGCACCAAACAAAUUCGAGAUCCAAUGCUAAUGCUAUUUUUCUUAUUACGAA